AUGGCUAUUAUUGACUCUCAGCCGUAUGGACUGAUGAACUACAUGGACUACCUGAUGGACCAGAUCGGGUAUGGACAGGAGGCACUUCCCGAGUCACCUUCUGCUUCUCCGUACGACAAGUACUUUGUAGAAGGUAGCAACAAGCAACACCCGCCUUACCCCGAGGGUACGCGGGAGAUCUCGCUGGGGAGCUCCUUCAACAUGCCUAUCUCCAAGAUCCACGCCCGCUCCGUCUACGACUCCCGCGGUAACCCCACCGUCGAGGUUGACGUUGUCACCGAGACUGGCCUUCACCGCGCUAUCGUUCCCUCUGGUGCCUCCACUGGCCAGCACGAGGCUCACGAGCUCCGUGAUGGUGACAAGUCCAAGUGGGGUGGCAAGGGUGUCCUGAAGGCCGUCCAGAACGUCAACGAGACCAUUGCCCCCGCUGUCAUCAAGGAGAACCUUGAUGUCAAGGAUCAGUCCAAGGUUGAUGAGUUCCUCAACAAGCUUGAUGGCACUGCCAACAAGUCCAACCUCGGUGCCAACGCCAUCCUGGGUGUCAGUCUGGCCAUCGCCAAGGCCGGUGCUGCCGAGAAGGGCAUCCCUCUCUACGCUCACAUCUCCGACCUGGCCGGAACCAAGAAGCCCUACGUCCUGCCCGUUCCCUUCCAGAACGUCCUGAACGGUGGCUCCCACGCCGGUGGUCGCCUGGCCUUCCAGGAGUUCAUGAUUGUUCCCGACACCGCUCCCUCCUUCUCCGAGGGUCUUCGCCAGGGUGCCGAGGUCUACCAGAAGCUCAAGGCCCUUGCCAAGAAGAAGUACGGCCAGUCUGCUGGCAACGUUGGUGACGAGGGUGGUGUUGCCCCCGAUAUCCAGACUGCCGAGGAGGCUCUCGACCUGAUCACCGAGGCCAUCGAGCAGGCCGGCUACACCGGCAAGAUCAAGAUUGCCAUGGAUGUUGCCUCCAGCGAGUUCUACAAGACCGAUGCCAAGAAGUACGACCUCGACUUCAAGAACCCCGACAGCGACCCCACCAAGUGGCUCACCUACGAGCAGCUGGCCGACCUGUACAAGUCGCUCGCCAGCAAGUACCCCAUCGUCAGCAUUGAGGAUCCCUUCGCUGAGGACGACUGGGAGGCCUGGAGCUACUUCUACAAGACCUCCGACUUCCAGAUUGUUGGUGAUGACUUGACCGUCACCAACCCCCUGCGUAUCAAGAAGGCCAUUGAGCUCAAGUCUUGCAACGCUCUCCUCCUCAAGGUCAACCAGAUCGGUACUCUUACCGAGUCCAUCCAGGCUGCCAAGGACUCCUACGCCGACGGCUGGGGUGUCAUGGUGUCCCACCGCUCCGGUGAGACCGAGGAUGUCACCAUUGCCGACAUCUCGGUCGGUCUCCGCUCUGGCCAGAUCAAGACCGGUGCCCCUGCCCGUUCCGAGCGUCUGGCUAAGCUGAACCAGAUCCUCCGUAUCGAGGAGGAGCUGGGCGAGAACGCCGUCUACGCCGGCGAGAAGUUCCGCACCGCUGUUAACCUGUAA